GCCUCCUUCGCUUGAAUUGCCGUCUUCUCCCGGCUCAGUGGCGGGCCAUGGGUGGGAGUGUAACACCGCUCCCACGUGACCGGCGUGUUUAUGCAAAAUGGCGGCGCCCAGGGGUGCUCUUGGUAUGCUGCGCCUGUUCACGGGCCAUGUGACUGACUGUCAGCGUAUUUUCUACUCAUCAGUUAAUCAUAUCUACUUAUACCAGUCAAGCAUUCAUCAAAGAAGAUAUCUUUUUUGCCACAGACAGAAAAAUGCUUAUAAGGUAGUUUGGCCCGCUGAUGUUUCUCCUCCUCAUCCAGUUCCUAAGCAUAUAAAGCAGCCAGACUAUGUGACGACAGGCGCUCUGCCUGACAUGGGAGAUGAAAUAGACCUUAAGAAUGAAGAUCAGAUUCAACGGCUUCGUCAGGCUUGUCAGCUGGCCCGUCAUGUCCUGCGUCUGGCUAUGAGGAGUGUAAAGGUUGGCAUGACUACAGAAGAAAUAGAUUAUUUGGUUCACCAUGAAAUAAUCAAGCACAAUGGUUACCCGUCACCUCUAGGAUUUAAAGGUUUUCCAAAAUCUGUGUGUACUUCAGUAAACAACGUGGUAAGCCAUGGAAUUCCUGACAGCCGCCCUCUCCAGGAUGGCGAUAUUAUUAACAUUGAUGUCACAGUGUAUCUCAACGGCUACCAUGGUGAUACAUCCGAAACGCUGCUAGUAGGGAAUGUGGAUAAGGCUGGUCAAAAGUUAGUGGAGAUUGCCAAGAAAUGCAGAGAUGAAGGAAUUGCAGUUUGCAGACCUGGGGCUCCUUUCUCUGUAAUUGGAAACACAAUCAGAACUAAACCAAGGCAACUACUGAGAAUAUGUGGUCCUGGGGCCCUUCAAAUGCUAAGAGUCUGUUCUGCAAUCAUACCCAUUGUGGUUGCAAACCCAACUUAUCAUGACCUCAUCCAAAAACCAACCUAAAUAUUACUUUGAAAGUAGCUGAAGAAGAACCGGACAGCCCGAAGUAUGCUGAUUUUGAUAUUGGUCAUUAAUGAAUAAUAACCUUUCCACAGGCCUCUCUUUGUUUUUAUAUUCGGUUUUGCCAUUGUAAAAAUAAAACCUUAGGUGGGAGGGGCAGCAAAAAAAUAUUGACUAAGCUACCAGAGUAGGACAAACAAAUAUAUUAAGGAAAAAUUAAAUCAUGUGUAAUGUAGGGAAAUUAUUAUUCUUAUAGUUGCAUAUCCAGAUAAUAAUUUCCAUUUAUUAUUUAUUGAUCAUUGUUACUUAUUAUUAUUUAAACUUGCAGGCCAUCUGACUCUCAAGGACUCUAGGCAACUCAAAGCCAUAAAUGAAAUUAAAAUAAAAUCAGUAAAAAAAAAAAAAAAAGAUAAAAGAUAGUCUUAACAGUUCUGAAAUCCGACUCUGUGUGGAGUCAGUGCUUAAUAAGUGUUGAAGACAAAUAAAUGCAAUGCUGCUCCUGUACAAUUUUUGUCUACAUGCAUCACAUUUUUUUUCUGUGUUGAUAAUGUUAAACAGCCUUUGUCUUCAAUACUGUUGUCAUGCCAAUAAAAUGUAGCAACAGAAAGCUACAUCUCUUGAUCAACUUGAGCCAGUUCAGUUGAAAUGUUUGUUACUUUACACCUUAUUGACCCAACUAAGAAAAUAGAAAUGAUUUGUUUAAAUCCGAAUGUUCUAAAUUCACUGAUUUGGCAUAAGUGUGAAUAAAGUGCUGGAACUGAAUUGGUUGCGAACCACCAUAAUAGAAAACUUCGCUAUCGUCUUUCAAGCUGAUAAAGAUGAUGAUCCUAGUUCCAGUUGCUGGCAUUUUGGACCGUGAAACAUUUUUGUAAAAUAGUAAGCCAAAUAAGAGGAAUUUGUCCUCUUCAAUCAGGUGUAAUUUGCAGUACAGUAAAACAGCAUGAGACUUCGCUUAGGCAGAUACCCAUCUAUUGUUAGAAUAGAUGCUCAAUAAGACACAUCGUGCAGAAGUACACUACACUGCAGCUCUGAUUAUUUAUACAUUAGCCCCUGCUUGCUGCUGAUCCACAAAAAAGAAGAAGGGGGAGCCUGGCUUGCAAUAGACUUUAUCUCCCAUCCGGAUGGUGCCCUGGAAGGCCUUAAAGUCUGGCUGUUCUCCUGGGCCUUGAAGUUGAACGGGUAGAAGCCCUGGUUUAGCUGUGCUUGACAUCAUGCUGCCUAUGUUUAGGGACUUCUCUUGAAUUCUUUUGUCUUCCUUUUCUUUACUGUAUUUUUUUUUUAACCUGCUUGUAUUUUUAUCUUGUCUUCUUUUUAUUGGGAGCCACCCAGAGUCAUUUUUAAAUCAGGCAGCGCCGAAAUCAAAUCAAGUAAAUAAAUACUGCUCUUUGCGUUCAUUUCCCUCCCUCCUGCCCUGACCUGUUAAUCUCUCGAUAUUUUGGACUACAAGUCCCAUAGCUGUCAAUGCAACACUACCGUGGAAAGUGGGAGAAACUGAUAUCAUAAAUGGAAGGUCCUUUAACGCUGAAUGUGUGGUACUGAUUGCCUAAGAAUCUUGUUCCUAUUGCCCCGGAGUCAAAAGGCUUCUCUGACAAUUUUUUUUUUCGGUAGAAAAUAUUGAGAACAAGGAAAGGAACAUUGUCAUCAAAUAUCUACAAAAGGACAGCCACAAAUCGAGUGAUCUUAAAGACAUGGACAUUUUUUAAAAAUGUAUGGAAGCUUUUUUGAUAUUUUCAUUAUUCAUAAACUCAAUUUCCUCUCUCAGUCGCACACAGGCACAUACAUCAGAAUUGAUCACCAUCACAAUGUAGCCCCCAUAAAGGAGGUCUUCUCUGCUGUAGUGGUGUAGCUUUUUGUGCUCCCAAUAUGCACAGGCAUUUGCUUUUAGGUAUUAGCCUGUGCAAAGCAUUCAGAGAGAUGCAUCACAAAAAGGUCUGAGUACGAGCAAAGGCUCAGCGUAGUUGUUUCAGGAGCAUUCCCAGGAAGGAAGACAGCUGUGUGCUGGGGCAGUGGCAUGUGAAGAUGGGUUGGGGGAGCCCACAAAAAACACAGCUGAGCUUUCUGGAGCUGGCAGUUGCCCCAGUGCUUCUUACUCUAAAUAAAUGGUUUUUGAAAGUGCUCCCUUGAAUCAUUUGCAGGAAAGAGAAACAUAGCAGGAAAGUCAACAAAAGUCAGUCCAGAGGACUUGUUUUCAGUGAAACAAAGAUAGGGAGGCUUCAGUUUUAUAGCCAACAAAUGCUGUGCACGCAUGUUGUCUGUCACAGAUUUAUUUGUUCAGUUUCUAUAGCUGCCCAUGCCCAUCUCAAGCAAGUGACUCUGUGUGACGAACCAUCAUAAAAUAAUUAAAAACAGCUACAAAAUAAUACAAAAUUAACUUCAGGUAUUCCUUGAUUUACAACCAUUUGUCUAGUGACCAUUCGAUGUUACAACAGCACUGAAAAAAAGCGACUUAGGACUGUUUUUCACAUGACCCGUUGCAGCAUCCCCAUGGCCAUGUGAUCAAAAUUUGAAUGCUUGGCAUGUAUUUAGGAUGGUUGCAGUGUCCUGGGGUCACGUGAUCAUCUUUUGUGACCUGACAAGCAAAGUCAAUGGGGAAGCCAGAUUCACUUAACAACUGUGUUACUAACAACAACUGCAGUGAUUCACUAAGAAAAAUUGUAAAAUGGGGCAAAACUCAGUUAACAACUGUCUUGCUUACCUACAGAAAUUUUGGGCUCAAUUAUGUUCGUAAGAUAAGGACUACCUGUGUAUAUGGCAGCCGGGAAAAAAAAUAAUCACAGAUAUCAAUACAGCUAGGAAAUGGGGUCCUUCACACAUACAGGGCUCCAAUCCAGGCACAAAUCCAGAUCUUUUAAGACCUUACGAAAGGCCAUUCUCAAUCCAUAAGAGAGAAUGUUUCAGAGCGCAAGGGCUACCUUAGAGAAGGCACAUUUUCUAUUCCUCACCAGUCAACUUUCCAUGUUAGGAAUGCUUCGUUAAUAUUAUUCCAAAUUAAAGAAUCAUGUUUUUCUCCAAUACAUUUAAAUGUUCUGUGCUUAAUUUGACAAAUUUUUCAUAUUUCUACAAUUGGCUUUCACCUCUUUGGUAAGACAUCAGCUAGAGGAUUUUAGUCAAAUAAUUGUUGGAGAAAUUUAAAUUGAUAUUUACAUUUUUUUCCCCUGCAAAAUUCAGUCUUACUCAAAACUGAGGAACUAAGAACUCUGUUUCCUUGGCUUCUAGAUUCAAUCUCGCUACAACAGCCUUUGCAAUUUCAUUCUGCUGUAUAAUUUGCAUGACGUUUGGAAUAUUACUUUGCCUCCUUUCUUUUGGGGUCUUCUUUCACCUGUUAUUUCCUCAGCUUCCUGAUUUUCAGUUCCUUUUCUACAUUUUCGGACUAUCUAAAUCUACAGAUACAGUUCCCUCUCAUACCACUCACGUCUUCUCCUUUCCAGGUUCUUGCCCCAAGUUCCAUGUCUCCUACUUUCUUGGAUCUCUUCCUUCUUUUUCGAUGGCCGUGCAAAGCUAUUCCUUUCCAUAAGAGAUUUUUUCUAGUCAGAGAAUUAUCCUUUAUUUUCUUUAGUGUAAUAAAAUUGUACAUAUGGACAGCUCUGGUUUGAUGAGCUUAGUUGUAAAGGCUGUUCCAUUCAUCACAACCAUUGAAUUAACCAAUUUUAAAAGCCAGAAAUACAAUACAAAGCAGAUUUAUAUAUAUCAAACUAUAUUGGAUCAGAUCUUUAGACCCAAUAUAGGAGUUUAAAUUGCUCUUGGUGAAGUGUGCUUACUUUUCGCCUCAAGUCAAUCUUGCACAAUAGCACAUCCAGUGGCGACACUAAAUGGCUACAGAAUUCCCACUGAUCGAAAAUGGGCACUAGAUUUCUGACAGAUAUUAGAAACUGCAUCCAAAUGAAUGGAAUUGCUUGGAGUGUAGUGGUGGUUAUAUAUAUAAACCACAUAAAUAAUUCAUACUGAAGUUUACAUAUCCCUUGUUAUAUCUGUCAACUAGGAAUGUGCAAAUCAUGCAAGGCCUUAUUUGAACUAGUUUGGUGUCAAUUAAUUAGAAGGGAUGAUUCAGUCAAAGCUUUGAAUGGAGGCUUUGCAUAACCAUAAUAUCUCUCUCUCUCUCAGCCACUGAUUUAUUGCAGAGAUGGGAGAACUUCAGGUCCCAGGAUCUGUGUGUUUUAAUUUCAACUCCAAAACUAAUGGCAGCUUAGUAUAAAGCUAUGCAGUUAGGAUUAAACAAUUUGGAAGUCAAAACUUAUUUAAGUAUCCUAUCUAAGAAUUUAAAAAAAAACUUUAAAAAAAGCACUUUAAUGUUGCAAGAUAAUAGGCAUGAAUAAACCCAAAUAAAAAAUUAAUCCAAUUAUUUUGGCACUAGCAAACUUGGAGAAAAGUAUAGAAAUGUAAAAAGGCUGUUGCUCCAUUGUUGAAGAAACAGACUUAUUAUUUUCUCUUUAGCGUGUUCAUUUUUAUGAAUAAGUGUGGACAUUGUUAACUUUCUGGCUUCUUUUCAUUAUCAUUUUUCUUGGGGACUCCAAUUAAACCUUUCAAAUCCCAUCAAGACAGAUUUUCUACCCCAUCUUUUAACUUCCAUGUUCCUGUUUCUUUGUGUCAUUACUUAACUCCCUGUGACUAUUUAGGUGAUCCAUAAAGACAUUUCAGCUAUCAUGCAUUUGAGAUCUAUACUCUGCUGUGCCCCAGAAUCACGCAAAAUACUGUAAUAGCUAAAGAUUUUUGUUGGUGUGUUGGUAGGCAAGCAGUAGCUAAUCUAUAGAACCUGUUCAGAAAAAUCCGUUCAAGGUGUUAUCUGUGAACAUAAUGAAAAGCUAUUGACCUACUUCUCCACUUUGCAGUAGUUGGGAGUCUUCUGUAUCCUGGGAGCACUUGAUUGUGGCCGUGCGCUCGUGAGCAUUGGGGCAAAGGGUAUGGCCUCAUGUGAUGUGUAAAAUAAAUGGGAGAAAAGAAACCAAUUCCUCGCCUUUACAGACACACAGGCUGGCGUCUUUGAAAAAGAACCAACCAGAAUAUUCGGGGAGGGGGGGUUAAUAUACAGCAAGUUUUCAACAAUACCUCCAAAUUGUAAUUUUGUAGAGCUGACAAUAUCUCAUGCCAACUGAACUCCGUCAACAGACAUAAUUCUACAUAUAGACGGCAGCAUUUUAAGACUGCUGUUUUUUGUGCAUGUCAUUUCUUCGUAAAAAAAAAAAAAAAGUACUGGACUCAACUCAUGAGUGCCAGUGGUCACAGCCAUCUCUAUCACGUUCCUGGGGCAAUGUACAGUAUAUACAAAUAGAGUAUUAUUUAAUGAAAGAACUGGAGCAAUAAGACCAUGUCUUCAACUUUCUUUCCUUUUACAUGACUGACUUUCAGUUGCUAUGGCAUUAUUAAGAGAUAUUUGCCUUGAACAUUCCAUAAAAUAUUCUAUAAAACAGAUUGCAGUCUUCAAAUGUGAGGAAAUUGGGAAUUUGGGAUGUGAAAGUAUAUGUAGCACCAAUUUUUCCCCACAAUGCAUCUAUAAUGGACCUAAAAUGAGGCCACCAAGCAAUAACAAAUGUGUUAUUGUAUAUGCAGUCAUAUGCAAUCCCAGAGAACUGAAAGAGGUCCUCUCUUUCUUUUUUAACAAAGAGAAGCCCAAAGAGGAUUAAACCCAGUUAGCAACAUUAGGAGCCACCAUAUGCUGAGAGAAUUGGAAAAUAUAAAGACAAUGGGAAUUGUGGAAUCCAGGGGCUCCAUGGUUCAAUCCUGAGCUAUGUAUGUUCUCUUAUAUUGGAACAGUAGGAAUUGAAUUAGCUUGAACCCUUAACAGUUUAUUAACCCAGAGGAAGACACAUUAUGUUAAUGAUGAUGAAGUUAUACUGCAAUGGUACAGUAGUGGCCAAAAUUGUGGAAACCUUUUGGGGAAAGUGUAUUUUUGAGGUUUGAUGGCUAAUAACACCCCUUUUUUUUGGAGUAGUACUAUAAAAUUAUAUAGCAAUGGAAAGAUAAUUUAAUUUAUGGAAAGAUAAUUUAAUCAAGAAUGUAAUGCUUUUCAACUUUUUUCAUGGAUUCUAGAUUUUAGGCCAAAUUCCUGCAGUCUGCGCCAAACACUUCACACUGGAUUGCGCCAUUGCAUCUUAUAUACACCCAGAUCAGUGGUGGGUUGCUCCUGGUUCGCACCGGUUCGCAAGAACCGUAGUAAAAAAUUUUAAUAGUUCGGAGAACUGGUAAUAACAUUGGCUGGCCACGCCUCCGAACCGGUCCCCGGCCCGGUCACCACUCGCUUACCCCACCCACCUCA